CCCCUGCAGCCGCAGCGGUCCGGGCUGGGCUGGGCUGGGCGUACCAUCAGCAGUGGCGGCAGCACUGCGGAGCCCGGCCUCGGGUCUCCAGCCAGCCGAUCCGGACUAGCUCUCCUGCCUCCCAGCACCCCCCCCCACUCCACCCCCGCUUCGCAUUUGGAAUCGUUUCCCGUUUUCUUCGUGUCAAAAAUCCUCAGCAAAAUGGUCCAGAAGAAAACAGAAGUCAAAGGUUUCCACCGGUCCUUCAAGGGGCAAAACCCAUUCGACCUGGAAUUCACCCAGACAAGCCACCUGGAAUCUGUCUUCAACUUCGAGUGCCCAGCCCGCCCCGACAUGCCUUCAAGUCAACCCAUCGAUAUCCCCGACGCCAAGAAGAGGAACAAGAAGAAGAAACGGUGCAGAGCUACAGACAGCUUCUCAGGGCGUUUUGAAGAUGUUUACCAGCUGCAGGAUGAAGUGCUCGGGGAAGGAGCCCACGCUAGAGUCCAGUCCUGCGUUAAUCUCAUCACCAACAAGGAGUAUGCAGUGAAGAUCAUCGAGAAGCGCCUUGGACACAUCCGGAGCCGUGUGUUUCGAGAGGUGGAGAUGCUGUAUCAGUGCCAAGGACACAGAAACGUCUUGGAGCUGAUAGAGUUUUUUGAAGAGGAAGACAAAUUCUACCUGGUGUUUGAGAAGAUGCGAGGAGGCUCCAUCCUGACCCACAUCCACAGGAGGCGCCACUUCAAUGAGCUGGAGGCCAGCGUGGUGGUGCAGGACAUAGCCAGUGCCCUUAACUUCUUGCACAACAAAGGGAUAGCGCACAGGGAUUUGAAGCCUGAAAACAUUCUCUGUGAGAGUCCCGAUCAGGUUUCCCCAGUGAAGAUCUGUGAUUUUGAUCUGGGAAGUGGUAUUAAAUUAAACGGUGAUUGUUCCCCCAUCUCUACCCCGGAGCUGCUCACACCAUGUGGCUCAGCAGAGUACAUGGCUCCUGAAGUGGUGGAGGCCUUCAACGAGGAGGCUUCCAUCUACGAUAAGCGUUGUGACCUGUGGAGCCUGGGUGUCAUCCUGUACAUCAUGCUGAGUGGCUACCCGCCCUUCGUGGGCCAUUGUGGCACCGACUGCGGCUGGGACCGUGGUGAAGCGUGCCAGACCUGUCAGAACAUGCUAUUCGAGAGUAUCCAGGAAGGGAAGUAUGAAUUUCCUGACAAGGACUGGGCCCACAUUUCUUUUGGAGCCAAAGAUCUAAUUUCCAAGCUGCUGGUUAGGGAUGCCAAGAAACGGCUCAGUGCGGCCCAGGUCCUGGAGCAUCCUUGGGUGCAAGGGUGCGCGCCGGAUAACACCCUUCCGACCCCCAUCAUCUUACAGAGGAACAGCAGUGCCAAAGAGCUCACCUCCUUCGCUGCCGAGGCCAUUGCUGUCAACCGCCAGCUGAUGCAGCAUGACGAGGACGAGGAGAAGGAGGAGGCCCGACCAAUCAUCAUCAAAGCUACCUCAUGUUCGAUGCAGCUGUCUCCCCCUUCGGAGUCCAAGCUGGCCAAACGGAGGCAGAAGAGCAGCAUGACUAAAGGGGUGGCUGCAAACCAGCACCUUGUCGCUCCCUUGGUCCUGGUGGGUGACCAAGCGUGAUCACCUGCCAUCGCUGCUCCCUGCUCUCUGUAUAUACGUAUGUGCUGUAUCUGUAUGUCUUUUUUUUUUUUUUUUCCUUUGAAAUGCUGUUGCUAGCUAGCAACAAGAUCAGGACUCUCUCCUAUUGGCUGGUUUCCAAGGUUACGCUGAUCUUGUAAAUCUGUUUUGGGGUUUUUGUUCUUUUUUUUUGUUUGUUUUUUGUUUAUAAACAAAAAAAGGUAUUAAGUCAAGCGUGAGGUUCCUUCACCCAGGGCACAUUCAAGGACAUUGAACAGAUGAUAGCUGAAUUUUCUCUCUUUCUCUCUCAACUCUUGAUUUCUCCUUUUUCUUUUCAUUUCUUUUUUUUCUACACCAAAGGACUAUUUGUAUAUGCGGCUGCUUUUACAACUUCAGCUCAUUUCAUACUGUGAAAAAAAGGCAAAAAAAAAAAAAGAAAAGACCCUUGGUCAUAUUUUCAACAGCAACAGAAAAAAACAAAAGUAGCAUUUUAACCUUUAUUUUCCUACUUUGCUGCAGGUUUCUCCCUGGAUUUGGACUUAGUAGAUUCAACCAUGGGUAGCUCUGUCUUGACUUUUUUUUUUUUUUAAACACAAAUUCAUUCCAAAGCUGAAUUGGACUGAUCUUCAAUAGCCUAACGAGAGGAUUCUCCAUGCAUCUUAGCCUAACGAGAGGAUUCCCCAUGCAUCUGGCCUCUCGAAGGAGGGGUAGGGAGAAGGAUAGUCUUGAAUUCAAGAGCAUAUUUCCCCCGCCCCUACCCGUGCUGUGUUGACUCCAAAACACAACGAAACAUUGCAGUAUUUCUCUUGUUUUAAGGGAAGAAGUCUGACAAACCAUCAUUUAGGAAUUAGCUGGUGUAGAUAGAUAGUCUCUGCUUGGCAUUGCAUGGUGGUUCCCUGUCCUUGGAAGGGGAUGUGAUGGCAAAGGCAUGUUUUCUGGUCCUGGGGAUGAAGUACCCUUGGCUCUGGCUGAAGUACUUAGGAGCUGGGGGCGCUCAGCAUUGUACAGGAUUGGGCCUGAACUUUGGAGAAGAGCGUUGUUGUGCUGGCAGAUGGAUUUGUGACUCAAAGGGAGCAGAGACCUGUUCUGCCAAGUGUGACUUUUUUUUUUUUCUCUCUGCUUGGAUUUCAGCUCUGCUCCCAAGUAAGCUAUUAAACCACUUUUUUAGUUUUGUUUUUUUGGUUUUUUUUUUAAUUUAAACGGCCUAGUUGCUCAUUGCAAAAGCAAAUCUUGCUUGAUUUGGGCAUUUAGAAAUGUCUUCCUCUGCUCCCCUUGUUCCUGCCCUGUCUUCUAGGCUUGGGGUGGAAGCUGAGCUGUACCUGCCAGAUACUUCCUGGGAGUUAGAUGGUUUGCCAGGUUACAGCUCAAAAGGGGGAAAGAAAUCCGAAUCUCUCCCAGGCUUCUGAAAUGUUAACGUUCAGAGUUGGGAAGUAACUGCAUUUUGGAUCUGACUCUGCACCACUGACCUCCACAGAGGCUUUGCCUUGGACUUUGGUGGGAGCAGGACUCAGCCUUAUCUGAGGGGUGGGAGUGCACAUGUGUUUGUGUGUGUGUGUUUGUGCAGAAGGUGAUGGUGAUGGAUCUCCAGGAGAUAUUCACUUCCUUUGGAGAAAUCAUUAAAAAUGGCUGGACUCACUGUAGUGGCAGGAUGGGCUCCAGGCUCCUGAUUAUUUUAUUUUUAAUGCAAGUGUGGCUGGCAAAACCCCUUUCUUUGUAAUAUGGUGCUUUUCUAAAAAAAAAAAAAAAAUGUGCUUGCUUUCCAUAAGUGCUCCAGGGCAGUGAACUGACUCUUCAGCAGUAGGAUCUGAAAUGGAAAUCUUGAGUUUGAGGUGCUUCUGCUUCUUGGGAAGGUAGAAGUGAAUAUAAAGAGAUGUUUCAGCAUGGGCAGUGUUGCUGAUGGGGAUGCCAUGCCUUGGUUGAUCUUGCCAAGGUUUUCCCUUUACAAGGGAGGAGGUGUGUAUUGAGGUGUGAUCACAAUUCAGGUCUUAAGCAGGCAUAGAAAUCUGUCCAGGACUUGGCUGAAACAACUGAAUGGAGAGGAUUCCCUUGGAGAGGUGGAUUCAUGCAGUCAUGUUUCACCAAUAUGGUGGGCGUGAUGGGCAAGCGUGUGCCCGUGUGCUAAAGCAGGUUCAGGCUCUGGGCUUGAGGUACCGUGUACUAGCAGGAGGAGGAAUGUAACACUAAUACCUGAAGGCUGGAGUGGCAGGGGAGAACAGACUCAGGAAAGGCUCUGGGUGUGUGGACAUUGAGUUUUUGGGUGGAGGAACCUAAAAAUAAACGGGUCAGGCCAGUGGACCUCCCUCUGUGAGGUCUGAAGUGGAGCCAGGGAGGAGGGUAUCGGGGCUCUAAUUCACCACUCCAUCUGCAGGCUGCUUUUGGUCUUUGGGUACAGGGAGGAAAAAGUUCCUGUAAAAACAGGACUUUCCAACUGAUCGGCCUGGGCUUGGGAAAAGGCUGCUGGUCAUGCCACGACAGGGGCCCUAGGUGAGAUGCAGAAACCAUCCUCUCAUUGAAAUAUCUUGUGCUUCCAUUUAUUGUGAGGUCUCAGUCCACUGCCCUGGUUCAGGCCAGCUUGGGGCUCUUUCCCUUCACUUGCUUUCUUCUUCUUGAGUAUGAUGGACCUCCUCUUCCAGAAGCGUUGCCACCAGAAAGGGGGUGGUGGAGGAUGCGUGUGGCUUGGUGGAGGCCGCGUGCGUGCCCAGCACUUCGAAUCGAAGCUGCAAAGCAUUGGGCCUGGCUCGCCUCCUACUGACACCAGCACAAAUGGGGAGUAACACCACUGGGUUCACCCCGUCUACUAUCGGAGUGAGUAAAAUGAGUGGCUUCUUUCUGAUCUCCUCCUCCCAACCCUGCAUCUCCUUCUGGAGCAAAGAUUCUGGCCUCCAAAUUCAAGCUGACUGUGGGGAAGAUGCGCCCCUGUUAAUCAGUGGUCUCCCCACCUUUUUUUUUUUUUUCUUCCCUCCCUUCAAAACUGGAUGCUUCAAUCUUUAUACAUUAAAAGCAGCCAUAAGCUUGUAUCAUGGGCACAGUUGGAAGUUACUGGAGCCUUCGCUUUGAGUAGAGCCCAGCCCUUCUCCCCCGAAUUAUCAAGUCAAGCUCAAUACUUUCUCUGAGAAGGAAGUCCUGUGUCUUUGAAGACUGCUGACAGCAAUACUAUGCAAUACAUGUUUUGUUCAUUUAGGAGGGUGAUUGUGAGUAAUGCAGGGAUAAAGUAAUCCUUGUGCUUUUGGAUCUGGAUGAUGCUUUGGUGAGGGAGGGGAAUGUGAAUCGUGACCCCUGCUGAUCUUUUUCGGCACAAGCAGUUUCAUUUUGUCGGGAAGUGAAACAUCCAGCUCCAAAACCAACACCUCUUCUCACUUGGGAUUUCCAGCACGUGAGCUCUCUCGCGGGUGCCUGAUUCACCUGCUUCUAGGACUCUGGGGUGACAAAGGGAUUUGAGGGAGAGCUGCAUUGGAAGCAAGGGGGGGGGGUGUCCCACACUUCAAAGCAGGCUGCAGUACUCCGAAACCCUCUUCAACAAUCCAUCUUGAUUGUAUGUUGUUACUUUUUAGAGCUUAUUUUUGUUUUUAUCAGUUGUAGAUAAUUCCUUGUUGUCUUAUAUUAAGAAAUACUUGAAUGAUGUACAGUAUGUGAUGCCUUGAGCUGGUAUUGUGAAAGCUAUUGUAAUGCUGCAGGUUGCAGCUUUUUUUAAGGAUCUUGGGAAGGGGAUUAUUGGGUUUUCCAGGAUUUUUGUUGGCAAACAAAAGUUUUCCCCAGUUCCCACUUGUGAGACUUCUUCUUCCUUCCUUUUUUUUGUUUUAAUUGGCACUCCUGAAAGGGGCCUCCAAAGGGAAGUGUACUAGGUUGGUUUUCUUUUGCUUCUCUUGAAGGGCAAUGAAGCCUCAGUGCUGCCGUAAGAAAGAUCAGGGAUGUCAAGCCUGGUUUUCCUUUCAUUUUCUUGCUAGAGGGUUUGUUGAAGAUCUCGACCUAUUCUCGGUUGAUCCCACUGAGGUCAUCAGACUUCUAGCAGUUGACAGCUUUUGAGGAUCCAUGUCAUGAGCUUUGCUUUCUCUUAAGCGGGAAAGAUUUUCUGUGUCCUGGAUAGCCAAAAGUCGUCUUCUGCUAUUCAGCACAGAUUUGGUACUUAACUCUCUCACAGGCUUGUGAAAACUCCUUUUUUUUUUUUUUUUUUUUUUUUUUUUUAUAGAUACAACAGACCCAUUUUUUGGCUCACUGGAGACAGUGUCUAGCAGCUUGUCCAGCUGUUUAUUUUAACCCCACACCUGUUGAGCUGAAAGUUUUUAAAUGUAAAAAUCAAUCCAAAACGAUUCUGCUGACAGUUCCUCUUGCUCGGCACAUCUUCCCAUUCUCAUUAAAAAACUAGAGGACUGUGGCGUCGACACCUACACAGCCAAAUGGGUCGCUAAUUGGCUGGAGGGCCGCACCCAGAGUGGUGGUGCACAGGUCAUUUUUGACCUGGAGGGAUGUGGGCAGUGGGGUCCCCCAGGGCUCGGUCCUCGGACCCGUGCUGUUCAACAUCUUCAUCAGUGACUUGGACGAGGGGGUAAAAAGCACCCUGUUCAAACUUGCUGAUGGCACUAAGAUGUGGGGGGAUGUGGGCACGCUAGAAGGGAGGAAUAGGCUGCAAUUGGACCUAGACAGGUUACAGGGGUGGGUGGAUGAGAGCAGGAUGGGUUUCAACUCUGACAAGUGCAAGGUGCUGUACGUAGGGAGGAAGAACCAGCAGCAUACCUACAGGCUGGGGAACUCCCUUCUUGUCAGUGCAGAAGCAGAAAAGUAUCUUGGGGUCAUUACUGAUGCCAAAAUGAACAUGGGCCGACAGUGUGGGGUACGCGGUCAGGAAGGUCAACCACACCACACCAUCCACAGAUGCUUCUCGAGCAGGUCCAAGGAGGUGAUCCUCCCCCUCUAUGCGGCACUGGUCAGGCCGCAGCUGGAGUACUGCGUCCAGUUCUGGGUGCCACACUUCAGGAGGGAUGUGGACAGCAUUGAGAGGGUCCAGAAGAGGCCACCCGCAUGGUCGGGGGGGCAGCAGGGCAGGCCCUACGACGAAAGGCUGAGGGACCUGAACCAGUUCAGCCUCCACAAGAAAAGGCUGAUGGGGGAUCUAGUGGCCAUUUACAAACUAGUCAGAGGGCACUGGGGGAGUCCCUGUUCCCCUGAGCACUCCCAGGAGUGACUAGAAAUAAUGGUCACAAGCUGGCAGAGGGUAGAUUCAGACUAGACAUCAGGAGGUGCUGCUUCACUGCCAGGGCGGCUAGGAUCUGGAACCAACUUCAUAGAGAAGUGAUGCUGGCUCCUAGCCUGGGGGUCUUUAAGAGGAGGCUGGAUGAACACCUUGCUGGGGUCAUUUGACCCCAGUACUUUACUUUUUCCUGCCAUGGCAGGGGAUCAGACGUGACGAUCUGCUCAGGUCCCUUCUGACCCUACCAGCUAUGAACCUAUCUGUCACAAUCCCUGCCGUUCUCCAGACAGCCACAGUCUUCCAGGAAAAUCUGUGUAGUUGAGACCUGACUUUCCAAUGAGGAGGAAAUGCUUUUGAAGCCAUCCUUUGAAAGAAGCAAAUAGACCAAUCCAGUUACAUUUCCCUUUGCAGGUUACCUUUUGUAAGAAGAACACUUCUUCCGAGAAAACGUAUGGGCUCUGGUGGCCAGGGGGCAUGUUCGGAAGAGAGAUUAUUUAAAAGCCUUGUACACCAAGGACCAGGAGAUCAACUCUCAUUUGGAUAUCUGGGCAAAGCAAUUGCCCUUCCAGCAGUAUUCAGUACCCAGUAGCUUUCAUUGCAAAAUGCGGCGCCUACAUGGGAGCUGUCAGGUGCUCAGCUUUUUUGAAGACUCGGCCCUUGGUGUGUUUUAUGUUGAGGAGAUGGAAAGGAUGCUCAUGGAAGGUCCCCGAAGGGGAUGCCUCUCCCUCCCCCAGCUGUUUACUCUCCCAUGGUUGGUUUCCAAAGACAAUGAUGCUGAACCAGAGUCUUUCUCUAGCACUUAAAUUGUUUUAACCCAUAUCUUGUCAACAUCCUUUUUUUUUUUUUUUUUUUUUAAUUUGUACUUUUCCUCAUUUUAUUUUAAAAGCCUUUGUUUUCUUCUAAAGCAUCUGUCUUGGAGACUAUCGUCUUCAAAAAGUUUUUAGCUGGAAAUUAAGAAAAAGAAAAAAAAAAUGUUUUUUGGCUUCCCCCCGAGUUCUGUUCCUUUUGAAUGAAUUAACUCAACUUAGAACUGGUUAGAAACUUUUACUGUGAAUCCAACUUUUUAUCAAUCCAGGAGAAACGCUCUUCUCCACUUUACAAUUGAUGAAGACUGCCAAAGCUGGUUUGACAUCAAGUCACAUUAACGCACUGCUGGUUUGUACAAUGGAAGCCUCAAGCCAGGGGCUGGUUUAAAAAAAAAAACACAAAAAAACAAAAAAUAAAAACAAAAAUAUUAAAAAAACAAGCACUUUACUGUAUGUACCAGGUGACCUGAUACAGCUCAAUCGAAGUUUUCCUUUAUAACAAUUGUUGAUGCCAGAAUUUUGUAUUCUGUUUUGUAAGAAUUUAAUAAAUGCGUUGAAACCUUCCAGAG